CUGCUCUCCAGAUUACUUAUGUAGUGCUAAUACAUCCAAGACAGUGUUCUUUGACCUCCUAUAUCUCAUUUCUCUCAUACGAUAGUGGCUGUCACAAGGGUGAGCGCCCACUCCCCUUCACAUCGUCGCCAAGAUGGAGCUCGAGACAUACAAGCCUAAAACAAAUUCAGACAUCGAAGCUGGACAAACUGCUUCUACUUCUUCUUCUUCUUCUCCUUCCUCCUCCACUUCCUCUUCUCCUCCUACUUCGCCUCCCUCUGCGCCAGCCAGCGUCGCCACCGAAGCUACGGAGCACAAAGGAGAUUCUCCUUCGGCACACCAACAGAAGGUCAACACAGUGACGUCAUUGAGCAACGGUGACGUCACUCUGACCAAGCUGGAGACGAGUUCGAAAGAUCGGAUUGCGCGAGUCGCCUCUGCUGUGUCUUCCGAACAUGGCCAGGACCCAACGGGGCUUAAGCUCUUUGGAAGGGGAAAUGUUGUGGUGGUGGAACAAGGCUACAAGUCCUAUGGCUCCCGCAAGAACAAGGUGCCGGUACUGGAAGGCCUGGAAAUGAGAGUGCCACAAGGAGCCAUCUAUGGUCUCUUAGGCCCGAGUGGCUGCGGCAAAACCACGCUGUUGGGCUGCCUGGUCAAUCGCCUGCGGUUAGACAAGGGGAAAAUCUUCUUGUAUGGCUAUCCCCCGGGCUCCCCCAGCGCCGCAGUCCCGGGGCAUCGGGUCGGGUACAUGCCGCAGGAACUGGCCCUCUACCAAGAAUUCACGAUCGUCGAGACCCUUCGCUACUUCGGCAGGAUCCACCAGAUGUCCUCAGCCAUGAUCGACAAAAGAACGAAAUUCCUCGUGUCCUUCCUGGACUUGCCUGACCCCACGAGGCUCAUUAAUCAGCUCAGCGGAGGGCAACAGAGGAGAGUGAGUUUCGCUGCCGCCCUUUUACACGAACCCGACCUCCUCAUACUCGACGAACCUACAGUCGGCGUUGAUCCUUUAUUGAGGAGCAGUAUCUGGCAACACUUGUUGGAAGUUUGCAAGUCUGGCCACACGACCAUCAUCAUCACCACGCAUUAUAUCGAAGAGGCGAGACAAGCGGAUAAGGUGGGUCUUAUGCGCGGAGGGAGACUGCUAGCUGAGACGUCCCCCUCGAGUCUCAUCACCCACUUCGCCAUCCCGAGCCUCGAAGACAUCUUUCUCAAGUUGUGUCUCGUGGACGGAAGCGAGGACGACCUCCACACUGGCAAGACCAACAAAGGAUUUGAAGAUGAGAAAGGGAUUUCGUCAUCUGCCGUUCUGCCAGGGUCCCUGCCUUCUGCUAGGGGCGUGGCCUCUGCCCUGAAGGAAGUCCUCACUCCUUCAGGUCAUAUUAUCCUGAAGGACUAUGAGGAAGAGCACAUUUUGACGUCCCCUUGGGUGCAGACUUCGAAGUACGAGAGGGUGUUUUCUCUCUAUCGUUUCUCUGCCCUUCUUAUCAAGAACUUCAUUCGUCUCUGGAGGAAUAUUGGGUUCCUUCUCUUCUCCUUCCUCAUGCCGCCUCUGCAGACAGUUCUCUUCUGCCUCACGGUGGGAGGGACGCCCUACGACCUGCCCAUGGCUAUUGUAAACGAUGACGCCGGCUUUCGUAUACCCAUUACUCUGCCACCCUUACCCAGCGGAUGGCCUACUCUCCCGCCGUCUCUGCCACCUCUGCCUACCGCUUGGCCUAACCUCCCGUCGUCCCUGCCGCCUCUGCCUACUUUCAAAGCUUCUGAACUCUACAUCGACGAGUUAGAUUCGAAGACUAUACGUAAGACGUAUUACAACUCAUUCCAAGAAGGCUACGAUUCGGUUAAGGACGGGAGAUCAUGGGGUUUGAUCCACUUCAACGAGUCUUAUACGAUGAGUCUCAUCUAUUCCGUGACUGACAUAGGCGACUUGCCUCCCCAGGAUAGGAACCAGAGUAAAAUUAAUGUGUACAUGGACAAUACCAACAGCCAAAUCUCGGCCACUUUGGGCUACGAACUGCUCACUUCUCUGGAAAGAUUCUUGGUCGAUAUUGCCGAACUGAUUCCCAAUUUCGAUAUCAAUAAGAUCACAAUUCCACUGGAGUUCCAGAAACCGGUCUAUGGGACAGGUAGCACGUCCUUCACAGAAUUCAUGGCUCCGGGUGUCAUUCUUACAAUCACCUACUUCAUGGCAGUGGGUCUGACGGCUCUCUCCUUCAUCAUAGAGAGGAAGGAAGGGCUUCUUGACCGCUCUUGGGUUGCAGGUGUCCAGUCGAGUGAGGUCAUGUUGGCUCACCUGACGACGCAGAUGAUGGUGAUGCUCGUGCAGAUUGCCCUUAUCCUGGUGUUCAUGUUCCCGGUGUUCCAGCUACCUUGCGAAGGGAACAUGUUGUGGGUUGUUCUGCUCUCUGUUCUGCAGGGAUUCUGUGGAAUGACUUUUGGUCUGAUGACGUCAGCGCUGUCCAAUGAUGAAAACACGGCGAUCAUGAUGGCCUUGGGCAUAUUCUACCCUCUGUUGCUUCUC